AUGCCCAUGGUCUGGAAUGAUCAGGCCGAUGCCAAACUGCUCAUGGCCAUAAUUACCCAAAAUGACGGAAGAAUGAACUGGGCCGGUAUCGCGGACUACAUGGGUCCUGAGUGCACUGUCAGUGCCGUCCAGCACCGCAUCCUGCGCCUCAGGGAGAAGGCGGCAAAAGCGAGCGGCCCUGGUCCUGUUAGCAAUGGAGAGAAUGGCAAUGAGGAUGGUGCUAGCUCUGCAGCGCCGAGCCCCGAAAAGCGCAAGAGAGGAAGACCGAAGAAGGCUGUCACUGGGGACAAAAAUUCCAAUCCCAUUAAUGCAGCUGAGGAAGAGGGUAGUCCCACCAAAAUGCAGAAGGGUUCGAAAUCUCAGCCCGUGCGUAUGGGGCAGGGUCAGAAGGAGGUGAAACUGGAAGACUCGGAGGGCUUUGCCUGA